AUGGAGGCGGUUCGCCGACCCCUCACGCAGGCGGCACCAGCAGCAGCAGCAGCAGCAGCAGCAGCAACAGCAGCAGCAACAGCAGCUCCAGUAGCAGUAGCUGCUGCUGCUGCUGGUGCUGCUGCUGCUGCUGUUGCUGCACCCAACCCACGAGCAAACGGUAGCCUUGUUUCAGACUGCUGCUGCUGCUGUUGCUGGCCUGAGGAGGCGAUUCAAUCUGCAGCAGCUCUUCUUGAAGCCAUUGAGGCCCUUCCCCACAGCAGCAGCAGCAGCAGCAGCAGCAGCGACCAGCAGCUUCAGCAGCAGCAGCAGCAGCAGCGAGGCCCCGUCUCUCCCUUUGUCUGCGCUCAUCUACUUCAUGAGGCCCUCGAGCUGCUUGUUGACGUCUUGAGGGUGUACGGACAAGAAAGAGUGGUUCUGAGUUUUAAUGGCGGUAAAGAUGCCGUAGCAAUUCUUCAUCUAUACAGAGCAGCACUUGUCAAAUAUGCUCGCCUGCAGCAGCAAGAGCAGCAGCAGCAACAACAACAACAACAGCAGCAGCAGCAACAACAACAACAACAGCAGCAGCACCAUCAGCACCAUCAGCAGCAACAUCAUCAACACCAACAGCACGAGCAGCACCAGCAGCAGCACCAGCAGCAGCAGCAGCAGGAACUGCAGCAGCAGCAGCAGCACAAGUGCUGCUCGCGCUGCUGUUGCUGCUGUUUGCCUGGCUUUUAUUUGAAGAAGCCGCAUGCAGUGUACUUUCACUCGGGAGCGAAAGAGUUCCCCCAAGUUGAAGAGUUUGUUCUUCAGACUGCCAGCCUCUUUGCUCUCAAUGUUGAGGUGUAUUACUGCGACUGGGCCUCCGGCAUUCGCAAUUUUCUCUCGCGGCAGCCACCGGGGCCUAUUGCUUUCGUCUUAGGGACAAGGAAGACAGACCCGCAAGGUCUGCGUGAAAAUCUGCAGCCGCUGCAGCCCUCAAGUCGGUGGCUGCCUGCAUUUAUGCGGGUGCAGCCGCUUCUUCAGUUUGACUAUGGAAAUAUUUGGGGCUUUCUUCGCUCUUUUAAACUCCCGUAUUGCACACUCUAUGAUCUGGGGUACUCCAGUAUCGGCAAGCAUCUCACAUGUAUUGAGGCAUUUCAGGUGUAUGGGCAGUUCAGCUGCAUAUAG